UAACCUCCUAAAAGGUAGGUGGCGCUCUAGUACUCCAGUUUCUGCUCUUCCCUACCAUCUAAAAAUGGCUGAAGUUGACAACGAUGAUGAGCAGAAAACAGCAGACAAAGAUGAUUUGGAGGUUUUAAAGGAACUCGUAGAUGGAUUGUAUCAUUUUAGGGAUCACUAUUUUGAAACGCACAGUGUGGAGGAUGCCAGUAGAAAACAGAAUGAUGUAACCCAAGAGAUGAAUAAGAUUCUGAAGAGACUGGAGGAGAAGGAGGAUCUCUACAAGCACAGUGCCCAGUAUCUCCUUCUGCGGGGUAGGUGCCUAAACAUUGCUCCACAGUUCAGUCAGGCAGCAGAAGAAAACCUAUCCCGGGCAGUAAAAUUGGAACCUGGUUUGGUAGAGGGGUGGAACACACUAGGUGAGCAGUAUUGGAAGAAAGGAGACUUGGUUGCUGCAAAGACCUGCUUCACAGGAGCUCUACAGCAGUCCAAGAACAAAGUAUCAUUGAGAAGCCUGUCUAUGGUGCUGAGGCAGCUCCCACCUGAAGGGGGUGCUCAGGACCAUGGAAAACGUAUAAUGGAAAGUGUGGACUUGGCCAGACAGGCUGUACAGUUGGAUGUCACUGAUGGAACAUCCUGGUACAUUUUAGGAAAUGCAUAUAUCUCCCUGUUCUUCUCCAGUGGACAGAAUCCUCAGAUGUCUCAGCAAGCUCUUAGUGCCUAUUCACAAGCUGAGAAAAUUGACAAAGCAUCAGCUUCAAAUGCUGAUCUGCACUUCAAUCGGGCCACGCUAUUCCAGUAUGAGGAGAUGUACAGUUCAGCUUUGGCUGGGUACAGUCGGGCUGCUGCUCUUGACCCUGGCUGGGAGGAGCCUCCAGAGCGAGAAAAACAAUUGCUGAACUAUCUGGAUCAAGUCACUAGUUUAAUAGAGAAUAAGGGCAAAGUGAAAGCACGGCGCUUGCGUAAUAUGCUGUCCUCUUUGAGUGUAUCUGCUUUGGGUCCAUGUGCCUCCCCCCAGUACCGGUCCCCCACAGGCCGCACAGGAAGCCUUGAGCCACGCUGGUUUUCUGCCCUUACCCAUGGCCACAACACUGGAGUGGCAACCCUGGGAAAAGUAGUCUUUAGCCUGGCCACAGAGGGUAGAAUGGCCUUUACGUUUGGAAUGGUGGACAGUGAGGAAUCGUGUUGUGUGGUCAUGGUUUACAACAUGGCGGACGGCUGGGGUGUUUUAAUAGGAGACACAGUAGUCGUUCCUGAGCCACAUGUCAAACGGCACAGCAUAACACACAAUGAUAAGUCUUACGAUUUCCGGAGUAUACGCGUGGACUCUCCUCUGCUGCUCAUUGUCAAUGGAAAGAGACAAGCAAUGCAAAGCCAAACAGCAACCUCUGUCAGUUACAAACCACACACUGAAUGAAAGGGGCAGUGCAAACAAAGAACUAUGGUGAAAGGAAGGGUGUUUUUGUUGUCUUUUCAUUUUGUAUAUAGUGUUUACUGUUUUAGUUUAUAUUGGUUGUACAUAUAUAAAUAUAUUUUUGUUUGUAUUGUCUGAGGUUGGUGGAUGUUUGUAAAACAUACUGCUGCUGCCUAUUUUGCAUUUGAAGUCCAGAAAAUAAAACUCUUCCAAUGGUGCUCCCGA